AUGCAUUUGCGUACUUCUUCCCGCUCAGCAACGCAAGCAACAAUCGGUGAGUACGCGCUCGCGACAAUGUCCAUGUAUGACCACUCCUCGGGCGCAAUCCUCUCUCUGACCCCCCGCGCACUCUCCUUCCCCGCCCACCAUCCUAUGCUUGACAUCACCCUUGAUGGGCCCACGCCGUGUGCAUUUAUAUUCCCCAGUGCCCCACCGCUCACCUCUCCGGAGCUGAGUCUGCCCGCACCACCCACUUCAUCCUCUCCCUUCGAGCCAGAACGUCCUAGAGAUACACCUUUGAAGUCAUCCACAACUAUUACUGAGUUCACUGCAUCUCCGAUUGCGCGUCGCGUCGUAGCCAGAACAUGCAACGCGCUUGCACAGACACGCUUUCCCCUGCAGCCCAAAUUAGCUCGCUCAACGCUCCGGAUUUCCGACCCAGGUGACCCACCCACACUCGCUGCACGCUGUCGCAGCACAGCCUCAAUCACCACAACCUGCUCGACCUCAAUUCACACACGCUCGCAAUUCAACUUGCAGGGACCGAGCGACGACCAGUACGUGGUGACGAAGACUACGUCGAACGGCCUGAGAAUGCAUUCACCCUUUUCCAACACAAAUCCCACUCGCAGAAGAAUGAGGCAGAGGCAGCUAGUGGUGCAGGGGUUGGGACUGUAG